AUGAAAAGCCGCGCUCCUCUCCCGGUCCCCUCCGGCCCACAGGCUCUCCAGAACGGCCAUUCCCGCAACGUCUCGGGCUUCGACAUGGCUGCCCGCAGUCCUCCUAACCAGAGCAACACCAAGCAUGUGCCUUGCAAAUUCUUCCGUCAAGGAGCUUGCCAGGCCGGGCCUGCAUGCCCCUUCCUCCAUUCUACCGAUGCUGCGAUCGAUUAUGCGCCCUGCAAAUACUUCACAAAGGGAAAUUGCAAAUUUGGAGCGAAGUGUGCACUGGCGCAUAUUCUACCCGAUGGCCGCCGAGUCAAUCGUCCCAGUCCAGGAAUGGCAAUGGGAGGAAGCCAUCUGAAUCUGGGCGGGCGUGUCAACCCGCAGGCCUACGUCAACCAGGACUCCGCGCUGACGAACUCGGUUCUUUCCCAACAACGGAUGAAUGGCCAUGAUCCCCGGUAUGGCUCUCAGAUGCCACCCCAAGAUGAAUACGCUGCCCUGCAUGCGCAACAGCAGCAGCAGCAGCCCCAGCCCACGCAGCAACCCCCUUACGAUGCCAUCCCCACCAUUGAUACUGGCUUGGUCUCGGAUACUGGCUCGAAGUACGGCUCACCGGUUGACGAUCUGCGCUUCCCCAUGUCGCCGAGCCAUCGUCAUUUAACUGCACUUGAUGCUCCACUUCCUGCAUCAUUCGAUAGCCAAGGGAUCUCGCACGCCGCUCGUUAUGGCCCGGUUGCGGCCUCCGUACCCUCCAAAUUCGGACUGGAGUUGUCUCCGCCAGCGCAGCGGAUGGGCGCUGCGCCGUCAGAUGCGCUCCGCAAUCUCCGGGAUGCAGCUUACGGCCCUGACAUGAGAAAACCAUCUUCCUCUUUCAUCGGUUCAUCACCGCCUGGUCUUCUAGACGAUAGCAUUGGACCACGGUUCCUACACUCCCAGCGGCCCAUAAAAUCACGAGUGCUCUCUGCUAGCGUUCCUCGGCCUACUGCGCUGGAUGAUUGGGAUGAGAGCAAUUUCCCAAUGGAGGAAGAUUACCUGCCGACGAAUCUGCAUGACGACGUUCUGACACCACAAGAGCGACUCCGGCGUUUGUCGCGCACCGAUCAUGAGCUCAGUUCGAGCCAUCGCGACCUUAGUGGACUGGGCAUGAGUGGGACGAGUUUCUCGAAAGUUGGAUCGCCCCUCGCCUCCAGCCCAUCUCGAUUCGGCGCUCUGUUUGCCAAGCAGCGGCAGAGGAAAGAGGAAGAUGCCCACGGCACCUCCCUCACUCACAUCGGAUCGCCCCUUCGCGAAUCUUCUCUCAACUUGGGAACUAGCCCCAGCUUAGGCCCAAUUGGUAGCCGGCAGAUCUCCGGCGAUGUCUCGCCCUUUAUCUCGAGUCCCUCUCGUCAGUCAUCGAUGUCUAUGAUUUCGCAGCAGCUAAGCAGCGUCUCUCUGCACCCUGGCUCGGCUCGUCAUUCGUCAUCUGUGGGUGCCAGCAGCCGCCUUGACCGGACAGUUUCGUCGCCAGUCAGCACUAGCAAGAUUGACGAGGAACAGGGCGACUUGGUCUUCUCCAUGGAAGAAGAGGAGAACAAUAAGCGAAACAGCACUUCUUGGAGUCCGCACAAGGCUGAUUCUAACGACGACGACGCGUCAACACCAACGAGCAAUUCUGGAUUCCAGCCAUAA